GCGGGGGGCUGUCUGGCUGCCAGGCCCUCGUGCCCGGGGCCUCCAUGGUGCCCGGUGUUGGCCGUCCCGCUGCUCAGCUGUUUGAGCCAAAUCCUUAGGACGGUGGACCCGCCACAGGUGUCCUGAGGGCUGGCGCUCUGGCUGGCUCGUCCCUGUCCCUGACUUCACCCCUGCUCUGAUGUCACAGCACAGCAGCUCUGCCGUUGCCAUGGCAGCGGCCCGCCCCAGUUCACCAGCUGGGCGGACAAGGGCUGCCAGAGGAGGUGGGAGCUGCCAUUCCAGCCAGCCUGGGUCCGUGGCCCGGGACCCCAGGCAGAACAGCCCAGGGUGAGGUUCCCGUGGUGUCCAGCCCCGAGCUGCUGCGGGGACGGGUUCUCUCUGUGCCCAGCUGUUUGGCGAGGCUCCUGACAGGCCCUUGGGAUGUGGCCGGUCAGGGCCUCCGGCCUCCUGUUCAGAGGCGGCGGACUUGCAAGUCCCUGCACCCGGGGGCUCUCCGCACGCACCUCGCCCGGGAAGGAUGGAGGGGCGGGGUUGGGGAUGCGUGUGGCUGAGUGGAAGAUGGAAGCUGAGGCACGGCAGCUGUCACUAGUGGGGACCCCUGACCCAGGCGGGAGGUCUGGGGUCUGUAAGGUCCGAGGGACCCUGAUGAUUGACAGGAGGAGACAGGUAGGAAGCCGCCAGUUGGCUCGGCCGUCAGCGGCCCGCCUGGUAGCCGGGUGUCUCCCGUAGUGUGGGGACCCUGUGCCUCGUGUGUGUCUCUGUGAAGCUGGUCCGGGGAUAAGGAGCCAUGGUGACCCGGGCUCGUCCCCCGAGGCUGCCUGCCUGGCCACCUCGGCCCCCGAGGACUGUCCCGGAGCCCUGUCUGUGGUCAGGAGACCGUUAGCCCAAGCCCCACCCGGGAUGCGGUGGGGACCCUGCUGAGGGCCUGGCGAGGUGACCCUGUUCUGCCGUGACCGCCCCCGCCCAGGUGAUUCUGAUGCUGCCCGUCAGCACCCAGCCGGCUUGAGGGACCGCCCGCCACCCCAGAACUUAGCUGAGAGCCGGGAAGUGGCCGAAAGCGGAGGCUCUGGGCAGCACGCUGGGUGUCACAGAGCGUCUUUUUAGAGGCUAGCAUUCCGAGAAAAGGUUUUAAAUGUUUCUGAUGUUUGUUUUAUCUGGGCUUGGCUUGGAUGCCUCCAGUGAUGGGUGUCACACUACCUACCAUCGCAGCCCAAUGAUUUCAGCACAGCCCCAGAGAAAGUGCUUCUUUCCAUCCAGCCAGUUCCUGCCUCGCUGAUGUGCCCUCGGUGGUCUCACUCGGUCAUCUGGAGGCACGCACAGGCCGUGCUCGCUCUCCGGGCAGUGGCAGGCACCCUCCUGCCCUCGCGGGCCUGACGUGGAACAGCCGUGGCAUCUGUGGCUCCUCGGCCCCCGGCUCCCACCAGCGUCCCUCCGACACCAUGGCCUCCAAGAUCUCCCACGCGAAGCAGGGGGCAGAGAGAGCCGCUUACCAGAGUCCCCAUCCCGGCGACCAGGCCUUGCUUCCGAAGCAGAAACACACGUUGCCGCAGGUCCCAGAGAAAGGCCGCCUGGCCGUGCAGAGGAGGCCGGACCCGGGGCCGUGGAGGAGCCCGCAGCCUCAGCGCCGGGCCGAGGAGCUGAGGUCGGGCUGGCCGGAGGCCCCCCACCCGCGCGCCCGCGACCUGGACCGGCUGCACAUCGCGCAUCUGCUGGGGGCGGGAGGCGGGUGGUCCGUAGAGCCUCGGCCUGACCUGCAGGGCCCGGCCCGGCGGGGAGCCACCGGGCGGCUGAGGGCCCGGGGGAAGCAGAGAGCCGCCGCCAGAGGAGAGAAGCGCCGGCAGGAAGACCUGGUCCGACUGCGGCCCUAUCCGCUCAAGUCCCGGAGGACCGCGGUGGGUGCGGAGAAGAAGGGGGCCGGCAAGGCGGGGGGCCUGCCCCAUCCUGCCCCGGGUCCCCCCGAGAAGAGUAAGGGGAAGCGGAGGUCUUCGAGGAAGACGGGCGGUGGCCACCGUCCCGACCCUCGGGUGCGCGGAGACCUGGACAUGGGGACGCUCUGGGCUUCCGCGGGCGGCGUCGUGCUCCUGGGCGACCGGGAGAGGGACGGCGCCCCGGGCAGGAGGAGGUCGCCGGCGAGGACGGCUCGCCUGGCUCCGGGCCCAAAGAACGACGGUCCGGGCCAGGAGGACAAUCCGGAACCGCCGUGGCCAGUCGACGUGACCUGCGGAAGGGGACCCUCGCCCCCGGUGUCCCCACCCCAACGCCGGGAGGGGAGCAAGUGGAAGAGGGAGCUGGAGUCCGUGUUCAGAGAGCUGUUCAGUACCAACCGGAAGCUGAAGACGUACCUGGAGGCCAGGCCGGGGGCGGACACGUGCCCCAGCGAGGAGCUGGGCUUCCCUGAGCCGUGCGGGUGCCAGGGGGAGCCCUGCUGGGAGAGGCGGGCGGGCGACCUGCUCAUGGAGCUGGCCCCGGGGCCAGCCCAGGCGGACGCCCGCCCCGCGGUGCCCAGCACCAACCUGAAGGAGCUCCUGUGCCAGCUCAAGGACCGGCAGUACCGGAGGCUGGUCGAGCCCCUGCUGUCGGACGAGGGGUACCUGGCCUCGCACCCCGAGGAGGAGAGCCCGCUCUGGUGCGGCCUCAGGCCCAGGCAGGAGCCGCCCCGCCCCGACAUGCUCCUGUCGCAGCUUCGCCCGCCGGCACAGGUGGGCAGAGCCCGCUCGGAGCCGGCCUGGCCCAAGCAGAGCCGGGAGCAGAGGUGGCGACCGCAGCUGGUGGAGGUGCUCGAACUCCCGCAGCUGAGCUGGGAAGCCCUGGGCCGGCCCCCGAUGGAGCCAGGAGAGGAGAUGACGGAGACGGAGACGGAGGCGGAGACGGGGCCACAGAUGAGCGCUCACGUCCCGGCUCACGUCCCGGCUCCCGUCCCGGGGCCCCCCUCUCCGGACCUGGAGGAGGCCGGGGGGUGUGAGCGCAGCACCGCCGCCCCGCCGGCCACAUCCCCGCUGGCCGCCAGCAGCGAGGAGGAGGACGACAAUGACACCACGCACAGUCAGAUGAUCCGUGACCUUGAAGAGCAAAUUUUGGAGCAAAGCAAGUCGCACAAGCAGUUCCUCGAGCAAGCCAGGAGGCGCCUGCAGGAGUUUCAGUGUUAGCGCCGCCCGGUCAAUACAGCACCGACCUCCGGCUGUGGGCCCGGACGGACCGAGGGGUGAGACCCACUGUGUCUGCGUCGCCGGCCCGUCACUCCGCCCGAGUCCCACCCGGGAGGGCCCCUCAGCGAGGAAGCAGGCCCGGUGGGGGCGGGUCCGGGUCCGGUUUGGCCCAGCGCGCAGAGGCGUGUCCCCGAGCCACGAGCUCAGAGGAGGAGUUCGGGUCAAGUCAGUGCUCAGAGGUCUUUAGACCCAUAAACGCUGGACUCGCGGGCCCCCACGGUCAGGCAGGCAGUGGCAGAGGGCAUCGCCUGCACGGAGAUGUCACCUGAACCUCCCUCAGUCCUUCACACCAACGGGACCAGCAUCAUCCGCCAGGAUGUCACUCAGUAACGUUCUUUUUUGUGACUCCUCACCCGGGGGCAUUUUUUUAUUGAUUUUUAGAGAGAGUGGAAGGGAGGGGGGGAGAGGGAAACAUCGAUCUGAGAGAGACACAUCGAUUGGUUGCCUCCCGCACGCGCCCGUCCAGGGCUGGGGCUGGAGCCUGCAACUGAGGGGUGUGCUCUUGACCGGAAUGGACCCCAGGACCCUUCGUUCCGGGGGCUGGUGCUCCAUCCAUUGGGCCACCUGCUAGGGCUCUUAGUGACAUUCGUAUAGUGAAUAUUAAUAAGUUGGAGGAAGACAGGAAGGGAGUGAGACAGGAAAGG